UCUUGUUCUUUCUCUCUUCUCUCUUUGUAUUGAUUUCUAUUGAUUUCUAUUGAUUCUUUGUCAUGAAGCAGCCAAACAAGCAUCGCCGUGACUGGCUGGCUGUCAUUGCCGUGGUCACGAUGGCGAUGUUGAUGAUCACCACUGCUGCUGCUGCUGCUGCUGCUGCUGCUGCUGAAUCGCCCGCCUCGCUGCUGCUGCUGCUGGACGAUCCGCCGCGCGUUGCUGCAGUGAUGAAGCGGCUGUACGACGUUGACUACGAGACGCGGUUUGUGGACAACAGGGCGACGAGCACGGAGGACGACGAGUGGCCGACGCUGGCGUACGGCGGAGUCCUGCGACCGCUCUUUGGAUUCUCAUACACGUACCACGCAUCACCCUCAUCCGAUGCAUCCAACGGCGAUGGCGAUCGCGAUGGCAAGAAGAAGCCGGGGUACAUGGGCCAGCCAAUCCCGCCAAAGAUCCAGGGCGACAUCCGCAGGGCGCGCAGGAGGGCCUCCAACCACCCAGCCGCAGUCCUCCCGCUGCGCCAGGUCGCCAACGCUGCGAUUCCAGUCAAUCUCCACGGCGCGCGCGUCAGUGCAAGCGAUCCAAGCAUCAUCCACAUUGUCAAGAAUGCAGCGCUGCCUGUGAUCGAAUCACACGCCAACGAGUGCUUCAAUCCGCAAAACACAGUCCUGCCAACAAUCGCCGAAGUUCGCAUUCUCGAACUGCUGCACACCAAGAAUGGACACAGUCCGAUCGACUCGCUGAGCGAGGAUGACAUCCGCCAAUCACUCUCGUUUGGUCGCACCGUUUCCCUCGCGCUCGAGUGGGAGUACAGCUGCGCGUGGUGUUGCAUUGCCCUGGGAUGUGGUGCUGGUGAGACCUGGAUCCGACACACACACCGCAUGGCUUUUACGCAAAACUUUGCAGACAACACGGUGCAUCUCUUCGCUCACACCUGGUUUGACACGCCGCUGAGCCUGGCGCGUGAAGCGGAUGCUCGAACGUACGAUGCCAUGUCGGAAAAGGAGGCGCGUGCUGUGGAAGCAAACGGUCUGCUCUUGCGCUACGACAUGAAUGCGGCUAAAGUCACCGAGUCGGAUGCCGUCUCAGCAUCCUCCCAGGCUGCCGAGAAGAAUCACUAUACCGCCUCCUCUUCUCUCUCCACGCCCUUCCCGAUCUCGUCCGUCUACUCCAUCCACCAAUCCGAGGCCGUGCGCUCGACCCGCUACUUCCGGCGAACCGAUUCCCGCUUGACAGCUGCCGCGCCAACCCGCUCCUCGGCUGCGCCCCUCAAAGUGGUUUCGUUUAACAUUUGGAAUGCCAACGGUCGCGGCGAAGCCAAGUAUAACUCCCGCAUGGACCACAUCGGCAGUAUCCUGCAUGAGGCCCAGGCCGACAUUGUCGCACUGCAAGAAGUUCGAUUUGACGAUUCCUUGGUUCAUUCGCUGCCCCCAGCCAACCAAGCCAGCGAUCUUCUUCGCUAUCUUCCAGGGUAUCAGUUUGCCUUCCAACCUGCCAUGUCCUACCCUCUUGAUCUCACGGGACGCGUGGAGGAAGGCCUCGCCAUUUACUCGCGAUACCCCAUUUUGAAUACGGGCUACCUGCUCCUGCCGCGCAUCCCGGAGGAUCCCCACCAGCGCAUUCUCUUCCAUGCUGAAAUUGAUGUCCCGAGCGUGGGCGUUGUCGAUGUUGUGGUCUCCCAUUUCUCGCUCGUGGACUCGGCGCGGUCGGUAGCGGCCUUGCGUGUCUACGACUUUUUGCGCAAGCUCGCGCGGGACAGUCCGCGCCCGCAGCUCUUCAUGGGCGAUCUGAACGCCACGCCACUGUCCACCGCCAUGCAAUUCCUGAAUGGAAAUGUCACUCUUCGGAACAUUCGCGUCGGCGACAUGCGCGAUGUUUGGCUGGCGUUGCGACCCGAGCCGUCGUACGACCCGCGAACGGACGACAAGCUCCCACACGCGCCACCAUCGGAUCAUCCGCUUUAUGGCAUGACGUUCAAUACCCACGCCAACUUUUUGAGCAAGCGCAUCGACUACAUGUACCUCCGCCAACCUGCUGGCUCGCCCUCCGUUCUCCGACCACGGUCGAUUGAUGUGAUUGGGCAGCAUCCUCGUGAUGGUCAAAUGCCUUCUGACCAUGUUGGUCUUGUUGCAGAGUUUGAUCCCGUGGUUGCCUAAGAGGCACAGCAACAAGAGAGAUGCGCGAUGUUUUAUGUUUUUGAUGUUGUUUGUAUUUCUACCCUUCCCCGUGCUGUCUGAGCAAAGUACAGUACAAUUUACUGCUUG